AUGGUUUUUGGGGGUGUUGGGGGUCCUGAUUUCGAUGGCAUGGCGUGCAUGCAAGCAAUGGAAGUCUGUCAAAAUAGCUCGUUGCCACCGGCGGAUGAACCAAUCGACAACAACGACCGCAGAACCACGGAGCGCCCCGGUGGUGGCCAUGGCGGCAGAGGCGGGGUCAGGGAGCAGGAUCGGUACAUGCCAAUAGCCAACGUCAUACGGAUCAUGCGCCGCAUCCUCCCCCCGCACGCCAAGAUCUCCGACGACGCCAAGGAGACCAUCCAGGAGUGCCUGUCGGAGUACAUAAGCUUCAUCACAGGGGAGGCCAAUGACCGGUGCCGGCAGGAGCAGCGCAAGACCAUCACCGCCGAGGACAUCCUCUGGGCCAUGGGGAAGCUAGGGUUCGACGACUACAUCGAGCCGCUCACUAUUUAUCUGAACCGCAACCGUGAGAUUGAGGGGGGCCGCACUAGCAAUAGUUUACGCAGAGAGGCUUUCUAUCUGAACAAGCGUGGUAACGCUAGUAAUACUGGUGGGAUGGAUUAUUAUUAUGGACCGCCGCCGCCAACGCUGGGGAUGCUUCCUCCUUGCGCGCCGCCUCACCACCAAGCAGUGGGGUAUGUGGAUCCGUCGGCGGCAGCGGCCAUGGGCACUUAUUACGGGGUUGGACCGUCAACGGGAAGCAGUUCUUCCUCAGAUAAUUCGCCUCCACAGGCCACUUUGGCUGGCUUUGAUCCAUUUACUCCCUUCAAAUAUUAG